CUCUCUGUACCAUUUCAUCACCUCUUCCACUCAAACGUCCAUCUUCUCGCUCUAUGACAUCCUCUCAUAUUCCUACCUAUCGCCGGCAUCCCACACACCAUGUCAGUAGACUCCUCCGAAUCUCUCGCCUUCGACGGAAUAUACUACCCCCUCUUCGUAACCGCAAACCUACCCAUCGAGCUCCUCAACUCCACCCUAACCCGUGCCCUAACCGAACGCUUCAACCACAACGACCCCUCCUGGAAUCUGGUCGGAAGCCCAUGGGUCCUCAUUUCUUGCCGCACUCAGACCGUCUUCUCAUACUCCACGAAACCCCCCGUGAAGCCGUUCCAAAGCGACUUCAUCGGCGCUAGUAUCGACGAGCUCGGCACCCUUGUCGCGAGCUCGUUCGGUAAGAAUGGGCGAGGAAGCAAAGGGGUCGAUUACCUCCGAAACGACCGCUUCGGCAUCCUCGAUGCCCGCACCGCGGAAGACGACACGCGCGCUGUACUACGUGACCAAAGAGCCCCUCCUCCCUGUCGCCGCGGCCGAGCUGCGGGUCUGCUGGGGCGGGGCUACGAGAUUAGACGAAGCGUUGGUCCGGUAUAAGAAGAGGAAGGCUACGCGAGAGGAUUUGCGGGUGUUAUUGCAGGCUAUGGGGGAGGGCCCGUGGCUGGUGGGAGAUUGGCAGCCGGUUGAGUUGGAGAGGGAGGUUAGCGAGGAGGAGGUGAGGGAGUAUAGAGCGUUUUAUACGAGGCAGAAUGACUAUACGAAUAUGAUUGAGAUGAGUAGGGAUGAGUGGGUGGAGACGAGGUUGAGGGUGGGGUAGGCGG